CAAAUCUUGCCUGACGUUCUUGACCUUCUUGACCUUCUUGACAUUUCGGCGGCUACCGUGCCUACGGUGACUACAUUGCUAGUCUAUAAGGUAGUUGAGUUUGCGGCGGUUUCACGUGAUGGCGGGAACUGUAGGGAGACGGUUGGUUCGUGCACUGCUUAAUGUUCAUAUAUGCAAGCAACCAGGACUGCAUGGAGCCGGUUCUAAAUUAGGACAUAGGUUUGAAAGUACAUAUAAGGCAGCUGUUCUUCAAGAAUUUAAAAAGGAUUUAGUAAUAAAAGAACAGAAACGAAGAAAACUUCAAGAAGAUGAAGUUCGUAUUAAGGUGAACUGUUGUGGUGUCAAUGCUUCUGACAUUAUGAUAUGUCAAGGUUUGCAUGAAAUUUCUCCAAAACUUCCUUUUAUUCCUGGCUACGAAGUGAGUGGAGAAAUUUUGGAGCUUGGUUCCAAAGCUGCUAAAGAACUUAAAGUUGGCAGUAAAAUAGUUGGCCUUAACAAAGACCUCUUUUCUGGAUUUGCAGAAGAGUGUGUUCUCUGUUCAAAGGAUGCAUGGCAAUUACCGUCUGAUGUGAGUUUCCAGACAGCUGUUGCUCUAGCAGAGUCAUACUCAACAGCUCUCAUUGGCUUAGUUCGACGAGGCAAGUUAAAGAAAAGUGACACAGUCUUGAUAACAGCAGCAUCUGGAGCCUUAGGCCUUGCAGCUGUUGAUAUUGCAGCCAACGUAUAUAGAGCAAAGGUAAUUGCAGUGUGUGACACAGAAGAAAAGGCAGCUUUGCUCAGAGAGAAGGGUGCAUGGGCAGCGUUAACUAAUGUUCCAAAGGAAAUCGUAAAAAAGUGUGCUAAUGUAACGGGCGGAGGAGGUGUCAGAGUGGUCUUUGAACCUGUGGAAAGUGACAUGUUGAAUUCUGUUCUGAAAUGUGUUGCUGCUGAAGGUGUUGCAGUGAUAGCAGGUACAGCUUCAGGGCCAGCUCCUGUCAUCAAAUAUAGUGAGUUGCUGCCGAUGUCUGUCAGCCUUAUGUGUGUGUCUCUUUGGAACUAUCGAAGAUCCAAUCCUGAAGUUUACAGGCAAAUCAUUCAAGAUGCAGUUGAUAUGGCAGAUCAGAGACUUGUAAAUCCAGCGAUUGGCCAGAAAUUUUCACUGGAGAAAGUAAAUGAAGCAGUGCAGUUCGUUCUGGACAAGAAAUCUACUGAGAAAGUAAUAAUCACAAUGAAAAAGGAAUAAUGCAGUUGUAACAGAUUUAAAGAUGACGGUAUCAAAUUUUACACAAUCUUCAUACAAGGUUAUGUGGUGAAGCCCACAUUUAAUGUUCUUUGAAUUACCACUUCCUUCAGCAUCUUGACAGCUGUCCCACCGUCUUCAGCAAUACACAAUGGCAGCUGGUUGUAUUUGAUAGAAAGACUGAAAAUAGGAAAUGAUAGACAUGUAUCCAGGGAAUAGUGAAAGAUGGCUACAUGCACCAUCUAGUGAUUGUGAAUGAAACUUUAAGCAGAUUUACUGUGAUAGGCAAAUGUGUUUGUGCUAUGUGGUAAUGGAGAUGUAGUUUUAUAGUUGAAGCAAGUAAUAAUUUUAUAUUUUCACUAUAUAAGCUGCAAGGUAGUGUGACGUAUUAUUGUGGUGAAUGUAAAAAGCUAAUUGAAUUAUCAGAUUUUUUAACUUAUUUGUACAAAAUGUAUAUUAUUAAAGAAAGGCAGUGCAAAUACAACUGUUGUACAGUUGC